AUGCACAACCCGACUCGCAUAUAUAUAUAUAGGGGGCACGGGUCCGCUCCGCGCUGGACAGCGGACUCUGCGGCGCCAUGGCCUUCGCACAAGCGGCUGGGCGAGCAGGUGAGGGCGGCGAGCAGAGAGGGAGCGGGGCGGAAUGGAAUGGAAUGGAAUGGGAUGGGGUGGAGGGGACCGAGUCAGGCCGGGCCAGACGGCCCCAGCCGACGCUCCGCGCCCCACGACGCGAACGGGCUAUCCGCAGGUGCCGCUGCGGCGCUGGCGCUGCUGUGGCUGCUGGUUUGCGCACCGAGGGACGCCGGCUGCCGCCUCCUGACGGUGGCUGAUCUCUUCGACCGGGUGAUCCGGCACUCGGGCAGGAUCCACAGCCUCUCCACGGCGCUCUAUGCCGAGCUGGAAAAACACUUUCCUGCCCGUGACAACGAGCUGGGAAGGCCCGCUCGGAAGUGCCAUACGUCUGGGAUGCUGACCCCCAAUGGCAAAGAAUAUGCCCAAAAAAUCCCGAGAGAAGAACUAACUCAUUUGAUACUGAAGCUUUUGCAAGCCUGGAAAGAACCACUUUCCCACUUCAACCAGCACAUUGAGCACCAUCAAGAGCUACCUGAUGACAGCCUUAGCAAAGCUAAGCAAAUCAGCAAUAUGGUACAUGAGCUGAAGACUGGAGUUGAGAAAGUAACAGAAAAGAUGCAGUCAAUGGGGAUCAUCAGCAAUUCAUUACAUGGAAUUGCAUCAGCUGAAGCUGCUGGAUUAUCGAUUAGUAAUGAGGCAAACAUGAUGAGUGACUCGGACUUUAUUCACUGUUUCAGGAGAGACUCCAAUAAAGUACAAAGCUACUUAAAAAUUCUUAAAUGCAGAACUAUGCCAGAAAAUAGUUGCUGAGUUGUAAUCUCUUGACAAGUAGUCUUCAGCAUGCUGUAGAUAAAGAUGAAAGAACAGAAUUUAUAAAUGAUCACAUUUACAGUCAUUUUAAUAGGAAAGUGGUUUUGAAAUUAUUUGGUAGCUACUUGACACAGUUGACCUGUCCAGAUGAAACGUUAAAUAAAGCAUCAUGUUUGUGUGUGGAUUAACUCACCAGAUACUCCAACAGUAGACAAAUAAAUCUCCCUGCACAUUACACUGUGCCAGACUACGUUAUAGGCAAUUCACACAGUUUAGAUAUAUACACAGUUGAAAGUGAAAUUCAGUUUGUUAAACCUUGGUACAAAUACAUCUAUGUAUUAUCAAUAAAGUAUAUUU